GUGGAAUACUCUGGACGUUUAGAAAAAGUGUCGAGUACGUCGUUGACUUGGGAACAUUGUUCAGCCCAAUCAGCGGCAAAGUGGACCACACUGAGGGCUGAGGAACUAAAUUUGGAUGAAUGAGGGUAAAAAGUCGGAUUGUGGACAAACUUACCUAGUGGUGGCAGCAAAAGCGGCAGCAUCUGAUAAUAAAUCAGGCAUUUUUUAAAUUUUAAUACUAAAACGUGGGUUAUUUGUUCAAUUAAAAGGUUUUUCCGGUAUUUGGAUAAAAUCCUAGGUUAGAAAUUAAUGACCUUGAUAGACAGCUUAGCCAACCGAAGUAGUACCAACGUAACGGAAUUGCAAUGAACGGUUCAGGGAUUGUUCAAUAUGUUGUCGUGAGGGGAGAUCUCUUAAAAGAAUUGGGGUGGCCUGUUGGUGCUAUCAUAGCACAGGCUUGUCAUGCAGUAACAGCAGUCACUCACUUGUUCCACGAUGAUGAACAUGUCCAAACGUAUCUAAAAGAUUUGGAUAAUAUGCACAAGGUCGUACUUGAAGCCCCUGAUGAGAGUAGUUUAAAUAAAUUGAAAGAUACUUUGAAUGAAAAUAAUAUCAAACAUAAACUGUGGAUCGAACAACCGGAAAACAUACCCACGUGUCUUGUGGCUAAACCAUAUCCAAAAGACGACGUUCAGAAGUAUUUCAAAAAAUUCAAAUUAUUUAAAACGUAAUCUUUUUGUUGGUUUUAUUUAUAUAAAAGUCAUAAAUUAAGUCUUUUAUGUACAGAAGUUAAAUAAAGCUGGUUCUGUUUGUA